UGGACCCUCAGGCCGCUCCGGAGAAGCGUCUGGAGGACAUGCUGCGCCUCGGAGAGCUCUGUGUGGAGGUCCUGACGCAGAACGAGGAGCACCACGCAGAGCAACAAUACCACUCCAAAAUCGAUGUUCUGAUCGACGAGGCGUUCAAAGACAUGCUUUCCUCCCUGGUCACAAAGUUCGCCGCUGUUUUAGACGGCGUCCUCAACAAACUCUCCAGAUACGAUGAAGGCACAUUCUUCUCUUCAAUCCUCUCUUUCACAAAACCAGGCAUGGAUCUGGCCGACACCUACAUCACCUUCAUCCGGCAGAACCAGGACAUCCUGCGGGACCGCGUCAACGACGAGCUGUACACCGAGAAGGUGUUCGAGCAAUGGUACAGCAGCUCUGUGAAGUUGGUGUGUGUUUGGCUGACGGACAGAAUGGACCUGCAGCUGCACGUCUACCAGCUGAAAACACUCAUCAAGAUCGUUAAGAAGACGUACCGUGACUUCCGGCUGCAGGGCGUUCUGGACGUCUCGCUGAACAACAAGAGCUACGAGACCGUCUACAACCGUCUGACGGUGGAGGAGGCGACCGCCGCCGUGAAGUCUGGAGACGGCCUGCAGGGGAUCAGCAUGAGAGACAGCGACCAGGAGGACGACUGAACACACACACACACACACACACACACACACACACACACACUUCAUACCGUCACACACACAUCCUCUCUCUGAAGGACCAGGACCUUCCAUCACACUGUGAGUUAUGUUCUAGAUCAGGGGGGUCCAAACUUGUAUCACUGAGGUCCACAUAAUAAUAAUAAUAAUA